GGAUGAGGAGGAGAGCCACAUGGCAGCCCUGGGAGAGUACCUGGUCAGGGGGCGGGGCUUCCUGCUGCUCAGCACGCUGGACUCCAUCAUUGACCAGGAGCUGACGUGCCGGGAGGAGCUGCUCACCCUGCUGCUGUCUUUGCUGCCGCUGGUCUGGAAGAUCCCCGUUCAGGAGGAGAAAGCCCCAGAUUUCACCCUGCCGUCCUUGCUGGAGGUGUUCCUCAGCCGGGAGGUGAAGGCUGCCCCUCUCAAAGCGGGACAGAAAGCCGCCACUGAUGAGCAGAGCUCAGGGAAGAGAUCCCGCGUCGGCAGUGGCACCUGGAAAUCCCGGAGGUCUCGCAGGACGGCGCAGAGAUACUCCGUGAAGGAUGCUCGGAAGUCGCAGGUCUCUACCUCCGAUUCAGAGGCCAACACUGAAGACAAAGCCGGUCCCACCCCCAGUGGAGCACGCAGCAGGCGGACACAUGGCUCCAGCAUCAGAGUGAGCUGUCAGCAUCAUCGAUCAGAGCCCGCACAGUUAACGUCCACCGCCGCAGAAACCAUGAGUGCUCCGUACCCACACCCCAGAGCCCCUGGGUCCACGAUGGCCGACACUGAAACUCUGACAGACCCCGCUGCAAUAUCCAUCUUCAACCGCAUGGAGAACUCGCCCUUUGAUCUCUGCCACGUGCUGCUGUCUCUGCUGGAAAAGGUGUGUAAGUUUGACAUGAGCAUCAACCACAACCCCAGCCUGGCCGUCAGCGUUGUUCCCACUCUCACCGAGAUCCUGACCGAGUUCGGAGACUGCUGCGGCCCGGGAGGAGGAGGCUCGGGGGCGGAGGAGCUGGCUGGAGGCUGGACAGAGGAGCCUAUCGCGCUGGUGCAGAGGAUGCUCCUGCGCACCAUCCUGCAUCUGAUGUCUGUGGAUGUGAGUCAGUGUGAAACGCUCCCAGACAGCCUGAGACGCAGUCUGACCGACCUGCUGAGAGCCACGCUGAAAAUCCGGAGCUGUUUGGAGAGACAGACCGACCCGUUUGCUCCGCGGCCUAAAAAGACACUUCAGGAGGUGCAGGAAGACUUUACUUUCUCCCGCUAUCGUCACAGGGCGCUGCUGCUGCCUGAGCUCCUGGAGGGAGUCCUGCAGGUGCUGCUGGGCUGCCUGCAGGCUUCUACACCAAACCCCUUUUUCUUCAGCCAGGCGCUGGAGCUCAUCCACGAGUUCAUCCAGCACCGCGGCCUUGAGCUGUUCGAGGCCACGGUGCUGCGGCUGGAAGGACUCGGCAGGGCCAGGGACUCAGAGGUUGUAGGUGAGGCUUCGGAGAGGCUGCUGGGUCUCAUCGCUGGAGUUUUCAAGAUCAUCAGUGCUGUGAAGAAGGCAAAGUCUGAGCAGCUGCAUCAGUCUGUGUGCGCCAGACGACGUCACCGCCGCUGCGAGUACUCCCACUUCCUGCACCACCACAGAGACCUCUCCGGUCUGCCUGUGUCCGCGUUCAAACAGGCCGCCAGACGGAACCCGUUUGAAGAAGCUGGAGAUGGAAAGGAGUGCUUGGAGGGGGAUGCGGUGCAUUACCCAGAGCGAUGCUGCUGCCUGGCUGCCUGCGCUCACCAGUGCCUGCGUCUCCUGCGGAGACUCUCUCCAAACGGUCCGGCCGUUCUGCAGGUACUCGCCGGAGUUCAGGCGGUAGGAAUCUGCUGCUGUAUGGACCCUCGAUCAGUCGUAGGGCCCCUGCUGCACGCCUUCCAGGCUCCAGGUCUGCGUAGCUACCAGACCCACGUUCUGAGCGUGCUCAGCAGACUGAUCCUGGACCAGCUGGGAGGAGGGCAGCCGUCAGAGAAAGCCAAACUGGCAUCCUGUAACAUCUGCACCCUGGACAGCAGCCAGCUGCCCGGUCUGGAGGAGACGCUGCAGCACGGCGAUCAUUCCGCCGUCUCUACCAGCCUGUGUUACCGCUCACAGGGGAUUCUGCCCAGCGGAGGGGGUGCAGAGGACAUGCUGUGGAAGUGGGACGCGCUGGAGGCGUACCAGGAGCUGGUGUUUGGCGAGGACUGGCAGCUGAGUCAGCAGAUAGCCGGACACGUGUGCCACCUGACCCUGAGGGGGAACGCCAUCGUGCAGUGGCAGCUCUACACACACAUCUUCAACCCGGUGCUGCAGAGAGGCGUGGAGCUGGCCCACCACGCUCAGCAGCUGGGGGUCUCCACAGUGUGCACGCAGGUCUGCAGCUAUCACACCCGCUGUCUGCCUGUGGAGGUGCUGCUGGUUUACCUGCAGACGUUACCGUCUCUCCUCAAGUCAAGGGUCAUGAGGGACCUCUUCGUCAGCUGUAACGGUCUGAAUCAGGUGACGGAGCUGGUCUACCUGGAUCAGACCCGCUCUCUGGCUCUGAAGGUGUUUGAGACGCUGAUCAUCGGUGGCGGUCACCAGCAGCCCGACGGCGUGCUGCAGGAGCUAGAGAGCGCUGAUGCUGAAGAAAGGGAGGCCAUCCUGAGCCUGGCUGAGGAGCUGGGGUCCAGAGGGGCCGGUGAGGGCCCACAGAGCCUCACCAAGUUCUACGAAGGUCUGAAGGAGGCGUAUCCUCGCCAUAAAAGCCGAAGCGGGCAGGGCCGAGGGCCGGGCCGCAGCCGGGCGGAGACGCACCUUCACGUCAUUAACCUGUUUCUGUGCGUGGCCUUCCUGUGCGUCAGCAAAGAAGCCGACUCUGACCGCGACUCCGCCAACGACUCAGAGGACACUUCGGGUUAUGACAGCACGGCCAGUGAGCCGCUAGGUGGGCGGCUGCCUUACCUGUCCCCCGACAGCGUGGCCCUGCCCUCCAAAGAGCAGGUCCGGCGCGCCGCAGAUGUGUGGUCGGUGUGUCGGUGGAUCUACCUGGCCAGCCCGUUGUUCCAGAGGCAGUUCUUCAGACUGGGAGGGCUGGACGUCUGCCUCCGCCUCAUGGCCAUGGUGAUCCAGAAGCUCUCCUGUAAGCCAAAGGACGGGAAGGCCAAGAAGAAGAGGGACGGCAAGAGCAAAGGCAGCCCGGAGUCCGCUGCUCCAGCUGCCGCACAGGGACCAGAGGAGACGUCACAUGACUCAGCCGAGGCUCCGAGCGCCGGCCCCGCUGAGGGAAAGACCAAAGAUCCCGCAAAGAGGCUGGAGGAGGAGUGGCAGCUCCAAAGUAUUCGUCUGCUGGAGGCCCUGCUGGCCAUCUGUCUGCACAGCGCUAACUCAGCCCUGCAGAGGAUCGAGCCGGAGCUGUCCUAUCAGCUUCAGUCCGUAGAGGAGACCCUGCUGGAAGUCAGAGACCAGCUCUCUCGCUCUGGCGUGGUGAACUCUGACCUCGCCAUCCCUCUGUUUGACUCCCUGCUCAGAGUGGCCCUGGCAGAGGUGUCGACCGGCCCCGACCCUCCUGAGGAGAAGCCAGACAGGGUGAGUCCUGCCAUGGGAGAAACUCUCCAGGUGUUGGCGGAGGGGGCGGCCCCGGCGGGCGAUCUGUCGGAGGAGGUGGACGAGGUGCAGAGCUGUGGCGUCAAGCCCCCGGGGGAGGAGGAGGGCUACGACGCCGACAGCGAGAGUAACCCAGAGGACAUGGCCAAGCAGGAAGAGGGCGUGAAGGUGGAGUCUUCAGCUCUGCGGGAGUUUGCGGCGGUGACGGACGGGCCCAGGCGUGGCGUGCUGCUCUUCCCAGAGAUCUGCACGAUGGAGCUGCAGCUUCUCGCCACGGGCUCCCCGGACCUGGAUGUUCUGAGUCACGUGUUUCACAGCCUGCUGGGGGCCGUGCACGCCAACAAACGCAACGCAUCCUUGCUCUACGAACAGGGAGGAGUCAAAACCAUCCUGUCGGGUUUUCACAACAUCCUGAGCCAAACAGACGCCUCCCUCACAGAUUGUCAGAGCGUUCUGGUGGAGCUGCUGGUGGCCAUGGUGAGCCAGCGAAUCACAGCAGAGGAGCUGGCCCUCUUGAUUCGACUCUUCCUGGAGAAGACUCCGCCUACUAUGAUUUUGCUGAAAGGUAUCCUACAAAUCGUCGAAGCCAACAUGAACAUGGAGCCUCUUCACUUCCUCUCUUUUCCCAUCAUCCUCGGUGCUUUGACGCCCGGAGGCUCGUCCGCUGGGUCCCGACAGAACGGGGCCGCCGGGGGGAAAAGCGUGGGUUUGCUGUGGAAGGGGAAGCUCUCGCCCGGACGCAGAGAGGGAGACGCAGACUACAGACCGAGCCACCUCCGCUCCUCUCCCUGGCACAUCGCUCCUCUACAUCUCCCCCUGGUGGGGCAGAACUGCUGGCCCCACAUGGCCAGCGGCUUCAGCGCCUCCAUGUGGCUGAGGGUGGCCGAGCAGGAGGAGAAGGACGCAGAGAAAGAUGAGGAGGAGAGUAACCUCCCUGCAGCUGAGUCCCACCACGGCUCGUCUCUGCCUGGACACAGAUCCACCGAAGAAGGACUCGUUCAUAUUCUGUCCUUGGGCUCCAAGGCGCUGAUGCUUCAAGUGUGGGCAGACUUCUCCUCUGGCUCUCUGACGUUUAGGAUCUGUAUCGAUCCAAACGAUGAGAUUAAAGCAGGACUUCUGGCUCAGGCAGAAUCUGGAGAAGAGCUGCUCAGAGCGGGUCAGUGGCAGCACCUGGGCCUCACCUACACCCAGCAGCCCGAGGGCAAGAAGAACAUCCACGGACGGGUGGUGGUCUGGGUCUGCGGGAUCAGGAAAUGUGAGGUGUCUCUGGACUACACUCUGCCCAGGAAGUCCAGUUUAUCCUCAGACAGCAACAAAACCUUCUGCAUGCUCGGCCACUGCACGCCGUCCUGCGGGGAGCAGCUGAAGCAGGGCGGGCGCUGGAGCAUGGGGACCGUACUUCUCUUCAACGGAUCCAGAAUAGGAUCUGAGGAAGCUCUCUACCUUUACACCAGCGGGCCCGACCUCACCUCCAUCAUGCCCUGUAAGUACGGCAAGCCGAGUGUGACAUUCUCCAAGUUUGUCACUGAGGAGGGCCUGAAGUGUGAGCAGGUACGGGAGCUGCUGAUGAAGAGCAAGGACGUGGACACGGCAGCGCUGGUGGAGAGUCUGGCGGUGGUCUACGCUCCCAGCAGUCCACGAGUCUACACCAUCUAUGAGCCCGUGAUCAGACUGAAGGGUCAGGCUAAGACGGUGGUCACUCAGAGACCGUUCAGCUCCAAAGAGGUGCAGAGCGUUUCCCUGGAGCUGAGCUCUUUCAGAUCUCUGCUCCCGACUGAAACUCAGGGCCUGCAGAGCGUCCUGCACAAGAUCGGAGGGACUGGGAACUUCGUCUUCCUCUUCGCUCAGACGGUGGAGCUGAGCGACUGUGAGAAGACUCAGGCUCUGGCCCUGCGUGUGCUGCUGUCGCUGUCCAAGUUCAACCAGCACCGCAUCCACGAGAUGGACUGUUACCAUGGGUACUCCAUGAUCCACCAGGUCCUCAUCAAGUCCAAAUGCAUCGUGGGAUAUCACAUGCUCAAAACGUUACUGGACGGCUGCUGCAGUGGAUCAGUCCUGGUCCUCGGGGACGAUGGUCAGUUUCGUCUGGACACCGAGUCCUCGGCUGUGGUUCAGGAUAUCAGACUUCUCUCUGAUGUCCUGUUGGACUGGAAGAUCUGGGCCAAAGCUGAGGUUGGCGUUUGGGAGACUCUCCUCGCCGCGUUGGAGAUCCUUAUCAGGGUCCACCAUCCUCAUCAGGUCUUCAACAUCCGUCAGUUCCUCAAAGCUGAAGUCGUCCAUCGCUUCCUGCUCACCUGCCAGGUGUUACAGGAGCAUCGAGACGAACAUCUGACCGCCAUCCCACAGGAAGUCUGCCUGUCCUUUGUUAAGAUCAUCCAGGAGGUCCUGGGGUCUCCUCCAGACAUGGACCUGCUGAAAUUGAUCUACAACUUCCUGCUGGCGGUUCACCCACCCACUAACACCUACGUCUGCCACACCCCGUCCAGCUUCUACUUCUACCUGCACAUAGAUGGGAAGUUGUACCAGGAGAAGGUGCAGUCCAUCAUGUACCUGAGACACUCCAACAGCGGAGGAAAGUCUGCCAGCAGCUCUGUGGUGUCUCUCUCCCCGACGGUGUUCACUGAAGCUGCACAUGACGGUCACCUCCCCGCUCCCUCACCUGAACACGGAGGUGAUAACCAGUCGUUACGCCCUCCUAGUCUGGCUCCGUCUCCGUACUCCUCCCCCCUGCUGACACCUCGUCUGGGCCACGGCGUCCCGAGUGAGGCGGCUGAAGGUGACGGGGUCUCCCUCGCCACUCAGCAGGGUCUGGGCAGCACAGAGACGCUGAAGAAAGGCGGAGGAGAGGAGCAGCUCCUGAGCAGCUGCGAAUCAGCGAAGACGAUCUGCGAGUCUAAGGAUGCAGGAGAGGGAGGAGCCAUGCGCACGCCGUCCAUCAGCGUGGAGGAGGAGCGGGACGAGGCGGCGGAGGUGGACAGCCUGGCAGAGGGCAGCGUGGGGGUGGCGGAGUCAGAGGACAGGUUUGAUUGGGCCAGCGAUGAAGCGCCGCGCCGCCCUGACAGCCUGAAGGGGAUCCAGUCCUUCCAGAGGAGCCACAGUAACCUGGCCAGUCUCGGUCUGGCUUUCCCAGCUCAGAACGGCUCGCUGGCCAUCGGACGCUGGCCGAGUGCGGCCGACCGAGGCUCCAUGCCCGAAGACUGGGAGAGCUACACCUACUCGCCUGGAUACGAGAGGGCACAGAGCAAAGCCGAGUCCAACGACAGGUCCAGCACUGAGGACUGCCUGGUCCUGAUCUGUUGUGGACUCUAUGAUCUUCUGAGAGGAAUCCUGCUGCUGCUGCCCGACCUCAUGCUGGAGGAGGUGAUGGACAAACUCAUCCAACCAGAGGCGCUCAUCGUCCUCGUCAACCACUCGUCUCCUCUCAUCCAGCAGGGAGUCAUGAAGCUGCUGGAUGCAUAUUUCAGCAGAGCCCAAAAGGAGCAGAAGGAGAAGUUCCUGAAGAACCACGGCUUCUCUCUGCUCGCCAACCAGCUGUACAUCCACCAGGGUAGCCAGGGGCUCCUCGAGUGCUUCCUGGAGAUGCUGUUUGGACGCCCGGUGGGCCUGGAGGAAGAUCUGGACCUGGAGGAAAUGGAAAAUAUCUCACCCUUCAGGAAGCGCUGUGUCAUCCCCGUGUUGGGUCUGAUUGAGAACUCUUUGUACGAGAACUCUCUGGUGCACAACAUCCUCUGCAUGCUGCUGCAGCUCCUCAACGCCUGCCCCAAGCUGGCAGACAUCCUGCUCGACCACGGCCUGCUCUACGUGCUCUUCAACACCCUCUCCACGCUCAACGGCAUGGAGAACGGGAUUCCCCUCAACGACUACAAGCUCCUGGUGUGUGACAUCCAGCAGCUGCUUGUCGCCGUCACCAUCCACUCCUGCAGCUCCUCGGGGUCCCAGUACUUCCGCAUCAUUGAGGACCUCGUCACCUUACUGGGCUUCAUGCAGACCAGCAAAAUGCGGCGCACGCAGGAGAUGGCCGUGGCUUUGCAGUUCCGUGUCCUCCAGUCGGCCAUCGAGUUCAUAAAGACAACGGCCAAUCAGGAGCCUCAGAAGCUGAGCAGCUCCGUCAAUGCGCCGAGUUCUCCUCACCACGCCAUCUACCAGAAAAGGAGGAGCAUAGCAGGUUCCAUCGCCAUGAAAGACUCCAUAAUCCCCCGCAUCCCCCGGCAGCACUACUGCUCCUACGGCCAGAUCCCUCUGCCCCCCCCCUUCAGCUUCCUGUCCCAGGACUCCCCCCUCCCCUCCCCCUCCGGAGCUCCGUCCUACAUGCUCCACUGUGACGCAGCCUGGCGUCGAUUCUCCCUGGCCCAGACGGACUCCCUCUUGAUGCGGAUGCGGUCCGUAGCCAGCGACGAGCUCCACCAGAUGAUGCAGAGGAGGAUGAGCCAAGAAAACCCGAUCCGCGCCAGCGAGACCGAGUUUGUCCAGCGGCUGCAAAGGCUGGUCGUCCUCGCCGUCAACAGGCUCAUUUACCACGAUGUGAGUCAGGAUUUAUUCGACUUGCUGAACAUCCCCGACUCUCCAGACCAGCAGCUUCUCACACCAGACCCAGGAGACCAGCCUCAGGAGGAGAGCGGCUCCUCCUCCGUCCCCCACUCGCCCACUCCCUUCACCCUGCCGCCUGCCAGCAAGAAGAGCUUCCAGAAGGACAUCCUCCGCCUCAUGAUAGAUGGGAUCAAGAUCAGCCUGGGCAGCACGGGCCGCGGAGGAGCCCCACACCAGCAAUGGAGGAGGAUCCUGUGGUCGUGUCGGGACACUUUCCGGGUGCAAAUCGGGCGCCUGCUCGUGCACACGCUCAGUCCCGCACUUCCCAUAUCUGACAGGAAGGAGGCGCUGGAGUUUGUGUUUGAUCGACAACACGCAGAUAUCCUGAAGGAGAGCCUCAGCCCGGGUCUGGAGCACGGGCCUAAGCUGUCCUUGUACCUGUAUGAGAUGCUGCACGACCACAAGGACAGCCUGACCAAGGAGGAGCUGAACGCCGUUGGCGUGUUCAUGACCUCGGUUAAACUCUGCGGACAUCGCCUCAUCCCACCGAACUCACCUCACAAACAGGACCUGCUGAAAGCCAUCAAAGAGGAGAAAUUCAAGUAUGAAGCUGAGGAGAAAACAAGCAAACUGGCAUGGGAAAAGAAGAUGGCCAACACCCAGAGAAAUCUUAUCCAGAGGCUGGACGGAAAGUCCAAGGACAUUUCCAAGAUUGCAGCCGAUAUCACUCAGAAUGUGUCUCUGCGGCAGGGCAUGGAGAGAAAGAAAGUCAUUCAGCACAUCAGAGGACUCUAUAAAACCGACCUGAGCGCCAGCAGACACUGGCAGGAGCUGGUGCAACAACUCACACACGACCGUGCGGUUUGGUACGAUCCCACAUCCUACCCCAUAUCAUGGCAGCUGGACCCGACUGAGGGUCCAAACCGGGAGAGACGGCGGCUGCAGAGAUGCUACCUCACCAUCCCGAACAAAUACCUGCUCAAAGACAGACGCAAGCCUGAAGACACGGUGAAGCCAGCGUUGUCCUUCCUGUUUGAGGAUAAAACCCACUCCUCCUUCUCCUCUACUGUCAAAGACAAAGCCACCAGCGAGCCCAUCAGGUUCACCAGACGGUGCAUCAGCGUCGCCCCCUCCAGAGAGACGGCGGGGGAGCUGCUUCUGGGGAAGUCUGGGAUGUAUUUUGUGGAGGAUAACGCUGCUGAUGCUCAUGACAACCAGAGCCUUCACGGGGAGACCGAGGCUCCGUCCUUCUCCUGGACGUACGAGGAGAUCAAGGAGGUGCACAAACGCUGGUGGCAGCUAAGAGACAACGCAGUGGAGAUUUUCCUCACCAACGGCAGGACCCUGCUGUUAGCCUUCGACAACACCAAGUUCCGUGACGACGUCUACCACAACAUCCUGACAUCCGACCUCCCCAACCUGCUGGAGCACGGGAACAUCACGGCGCUCACCCAGCUGUGGGGCUCGGGUCAGAUCUCCAACUUCGAGUACCUCACUCAUCUCAACAAGCACGCGGGGCGCUCCUUCAACGACCUGAUGCAGUACCCGGUGUUCCCCUUCAUCCUGAGAGACUACACCAGCGAGACCCUGGACCUGCAGGAGCCCGGCAUCUACAGGAAUCUGAGCAAACCCAUCGCAGUGCAGUCCAAAGAGAAGGAGGAUCGAUACGUGGAUAACUAUAGGUACCUGGAGGAGGAGUAUAAGAAAGGCAUCAGAGAGGACGACCCCAUGCCUCCCGUGCAGCCGUAUCACUACGGCUCCCAUUAUUCCAACAGCGGCACCGUGCUGCACUUCCUGGUCCGAAUGCCUCCGUUCACCAAGAUGUUCCUGGCUUACCAAGACCAGAGCUUUGAUAUCCCCGACCGGACGUUUCACUCCAUGAACACCACGUGGCGGCUGUCCUCCUACGAGUCCAUGACGGACGUCAAAGAGCUCAUCCCCGAGUUUUUCUACCUCCCAGAAUUCCUGGUCAACAGAGAGGGUUUUGAUUUCGGCGUCCGUCAGAACGGUGAGCGGGUGAAUCACGUGAACUUGCCUCCAUGGGCGAGGAACGACCCUCGUCUGUUCAUCCUGAUCCAUCGGCAGGCUCUGGAGUCGGACCAGGUCUCUCAGACUCUGUGCCAGUGGAUCGACCUGGUGUUCGGUCUGAAGCAGAAAGGAAAGGCUGCCGUCCAGGCCAUCAACGUCUUCCACCCCGCUACUUACUUCGGCAUGGACGUGUCGGCCGUGGAGGACCCGGUGCAGCGGCGAGCUCUGGAGACGAUGAUAAAGACGUACGGACAGACGCCCAGGCAGCUCUUUAACGCCUCUCACGUCAGCAGAGCCGGCACCAGGCUCAUGAUGGAGGGCGAGCUGCCGGCCGCCAUGGGUCUGCUGGUUCAGCUGGCCUUCAGAGAAACACGAGAACAGACCAAGGAAAUCAUCUGCCCGAGCCCUCUACCCUGGAUCAAAGGUCUGAAGUGGGGCGAGUACGUGGGCUCGCCCUCUGCUCCGGACCCGGUGGUUUGCUUCAGUCAACCUCACGGGGAGAGGUUUGGAUCCCUGCUGGCUCUGCCGACACGAGCCAUCUGUGGACUGUCCCGCAAAUUCUGCCUCAUGAUGAUUUACAGCAAAGAGCAGGGUGUUCGGAGCAUGCACAGCACUGACAUCCAGUGGUCGGCCAUCUUGAGCUGGGGAUACGCAGACAACAUCCUGAGGCUGAAGAGCAAACAGAGCGAGCCUCCAAUCAACUUCAUCCAGUGUUCACAGCUUCACCAGGUGACCAGCUGCGCCUGGGUUCCUGAUGGCUGCCAGCUAUUUACGGGCAGCAAGUGUGGAGUCAUCACCGCCUACAGCAACCGCUUCACCAGCACCACGCCGUCAGAGAUGGAGGUGGAGUCUCAGGUUCACCUGUACGGACACACAGGUGAAGUCACCAGCUUGUUUGUGUGUAAACCGUACAGCAUCCUGAUCAGCGUCAGCAAAGACGGCACCUGCAUCCUCUGGGACCUCAACAGGCUGUGUUAUGUUCAGAGCCUCACGGGCCACAAAAGCCCCGUGACCGCCGUGUCAGCCAGUGAGACGACGGGCGACAUCGCUACAGUGUGUGACUCAGUGGGCGGGGGCAGCGACCUGCGGCUGUGGACGGUUAACGGUGACCUCAUCGGGCACGUUCACUGCAGGGAGAUCAUCUGCUCCGUGGCGUUCUCCAACCAGCCUGAGGGGGUUUCUGUCAACGUCAUUGCCGGAGGUCUAGAGAACGGCGUCGUCAGGUUGUGGAGCACCUGGGAUCUAAAACCUGUGAGAGAGAUCACCUUCUCCAAGUCGAGCAAACCCAUCAUCAGCCUGACGUACUCCUGCGACGGUCACCACCUCUACACCGCCAACAGCGAGGGCACGGUGAUGGCGUGGUGUCGCCGGGACCAGCAGCGUAUGAAGCUGCCCAUGUUCUACUCGUUUCUGAGCAGCUACGCUGCGGGCUGACUGCGUCUGAUGUUUACGUCUGUUUCUUACAGCGAGGAGCCUUCCCUCCUCUUCCUCCUCCUUCCUGGUCCUCCUCCUCCUGCGCUGAUGGGGGGAGGACUCGUCAGCAUGGCCUCCACCUCCCUGAACCUCCCUGACUUGAACUAAAGCCAUCCUCCACCACAGACACUCCCAGCAUCCUGAAUGAAGAGUAUUACCUGUACAUAGAUCUAUAUUUAUAGAACUGAGGUGCAAUGUGGAUGAAUCUGUGACUGAGGCUGCAGCAGACACUUUAGAGAAAAGCAUUUCUGACUGAGUGUUUGCUUCCUGAAGUCUGUUCUGAUUUUGUUUGCUGUCAACUUCCUGGUUUUGAUCCUGAUGUUUCCUGGUCAGCUGCUGUGGUCUGGUCGAAGAGUGUGAACCCCCCUGGUCUCUUGGCUCAGGAUGUCCCGCAGCGAUCCGUCUGCACUGAUCUCUCUGCUGCAGGAGCUUGGGGGGGGGCGUCCCGCUGAUGAUGCAGUCAGGGAGCCCCUCGUCACGUCUGCCACUGGGAGGCGUCCCGCUCUGUGGGAGUGAGACGCCACUCCGCUGGGCUGUCUGCUCCGCUCACAUCUGAACGCCGGAGUCUCCGUUCGCUUCAGUCGGAGCUCAGAGGAGGGACGGGGGGGAGAAGUCCAUGUGUUGCCUGUUUCUUCUUCUGUCCUACUUCUGCAUGCUGGAAGGAUGCUGACCUGUGUGUGUGUGUGUGUGUGUGUGUGAGAGUAUGACGUUUACCACCAUGGUACUUUGACAGCCUGAACCAUCUGUUUGCUUAAAGAAGUGAUCAAUCUUUUUAUUUAUUAGAAACUCUCUCUGUCUUUCCUUCUGUUUUAAGGCUGGAUUCUCACUAGACCACGUCAGAUCUUAGCAGGCUGUAGAAACAGGGAUGUGUGAUAUUAUCGUCAUGAUAUCAGACUGUCUCCUCCUCUAUGAGCUCUGCCAGACUCAGCCUCUUUCUGACGACACACUCGGUGUUUUUAUCCUUAAUAAAGGCGUGCAUAUAUCGAUAUAAAGGAGUUUGGAAAUACUGACAUGAAUCCAAUAUUAUACAUCCCUGUUUAGAAAUGUUAGACCACAAACCUAAGAAUCGUUUUUACGUUAUAAAUCUCCAACUGCACACAUUAAAUCAGUGAUUAGCCUCAGGACCCAAAGGAGAGAUUAACCUGAACCUCAGAGAAAUUAGACCUGCUCACGUUUAUUUAGUGAAACUGUAGUUUGGACCUUAGAUGGAGAGAACAAACUGGAUAAAACUGUGAUGAAGCCCUGGGAAGGAUCGGCACGUUUUCUGUGAUAGCGGCUAACUGUUGUUUUUAGUAGAGUUUCCCAGGACUAGAAUUUUCCUCUCCAUUAAACACAAACUAAAUCUGCGUUUAGCCGGCUAGUCAAAGUCGAAUGAACCAACAGCAGAGGUAAUCAGCUUCACAGCGUAACAGGGCAGAUUUAGUAGAAUGUGGCUAAUGUUAGCAUAGCUAGCACUACCAAUCCUCUCUGCAGUAGGGCUGAACCAUUUAGGAAAAUAAUCUAAUUGCGAUUUUUUCACCCAACAUUGCGAUUGCAAUUUACCGUGAUUAUUCUUCAGGUUCCUCAUUUUAUAAACCACUCUAUAUACUAACACAAAAAGCUAUUUCCCCCAGAAAUUUAUAUCCAAUCUCCCAAAAUCUACAAAUAAAUGUUCAAAAAUUCUAAGAAAAUAAAUAAAAAUUAAAAACCUGCCCCACCUAAAUAAAUCAAAUUAAAUUC